AUGGCGCCACAAGUGCUGAACCCCAACAUGCAGGUCAAUGUGACGCGCCGACACACCGCACUCGUCCCUAACAGUACCAAAGGGCGUGGUGGGGAACCAAGACCGCCUCCUUUCUACUCCUCACGCCCACAGCCGCUCAUUUUCAUUGGCGGGGCGGUCCCUCUGCUUUGCGACCUUGAUUUGAGAUUCCGCGAUGAGAGUGCCACUUCAGGAUCCCAGCAGCCCCCAGCAGCCUCCCGCAGCCCCCGCAGCCCCCCGCAGCCCGCCCUCUUCACCCGGGAGACGAAGCAAGACUGCCAAACCUGCAACAACAGUGUGAAGGCAUUAGCAUCAAGAGCCACUUACCUGGGGGCUCCUGCAGAGCACUCAGGUGUGCGGGGACGCGGGGUGGGCGGCGCCCCACGGGGCCGUGGUGAGGAAGGGCAGCAGCAGGCAACCCGCGCCCAUCCUCACCAGCUGGACGCCCGCCCCGCCUCCCGCCGCCCGCCCUGGCAGUCUCCACUGCAGCUCCUCGUGCGGGCAGGGCACGACGUGACGCUCAGUGGUGGUAGUAGUAGGGGCUGGCGGGGCCGGUGCUGCAGGGGCCGGGGCGCGGGGGACAGCAGGGGCGUGGGACCACCAGGGCCACCACCUUCCACAGCGCGAGCAGCAGGGAGAAGCUGGAGUCGCACUGUCCCAUCCACAGGCGGCCGAGGGCAGAGGUCCACUAGCACUCAGAGUAUCUCUGUCUCUGGCCCGCGCCCGCCCCGCCCACUCCCGCCACUCCCCGAUCGGCCUCUUGAGGCUCUCGCCCCGCCCAUAGCAGCUCUCCUGCCAGAGAGCGAGCAGCUAGCUUUCCCGCCCAGCAGUGUUCUGCGUGCUGAGUGGGCCCCUGCAGCCUGCCCGUCCCGCCCCAUCCAGCCCCGCCCACCAUUCCCGGCUUCCUCAAGGGAGCGGCGACGCCCUUUCUACCCGCCUACUUUCCAAGCAUGA